GGAGAAGUGGACUGAGAAAGAGGAGAAACUGAGGAAGAAGGUGAGGCGGGUUCUGAAGUGCGACGUGACCAAAGCCAACCCCGUGGAACCCGCGUCCCUGCCUCCUGCCGACGGCAUCGUCUCCACCUUCUGCUUGGAGGCCGCCUGCGAGGACCUGCCCACCUUCUGCAGUGCCCUGAGAAACGUCGGCAGCCUCGUGAAGCCGGGGGGGCACCUGGUGAUGCUCAUGGCCCUCGGGGAAACCUUCUACACCUUCAACAAGCAGGUUUUCUUGUGCCUCCGCCUGGAGAGAGCCGACGUGGAGGAGGCUGUGAAGGGCGCUGGCUUCGACGUGAAGUUCUGCGAGGUCCGGCCGCAGCUGACCGACGACAUCCGCGCGGACUGCGACGCCGUGCUGAGCCUCGUGGCACGCAGGCGUGCCUCCGCCACCAGAUAG